AUGACCAAGUUGUUUCGAUCCAAUGACCAAAAUCUUCGUCGCAUGCUUUACCUAGUGAUUAAAGAAUUGUCUGCUGUUGCCGAUGACGUGAUUAUUGUUACUAGCAGCUUAGCUAAAGAUAUGACCGGCCCAGAAAUUGCUUUUCGAGGUCCUGCAAUUCGGGCGCUUUGCACUAUUACGGAUGUAGCGAUGGUUCAAAGUAUUGAACGCUACCUAAAACAGGCUGUAGUAGAUAAGUCUCCUGCAAUAGCAUCAGCUGGGUUGACGUUAGCAUAUAAGUUAAUGGAUGUUUGUCCGGAUAUAAUCAAAAGAUGGACGAAUGAAGUACAAGAAGCUGCAUCGGGCUCUCGUAUAAUGGUACAAUAUCAUGCUCUUGGUCUGUUGUAUUUAAUUCGUCAAUCUGAUCGACUUGCUGUGACAAAAAUGAUUCAAAAGUUUACUCGGUCUACUUUGAGAUCCCCUUACGCCUACUGUCUCAUGAUAAGGAUAGUAGCGAAGCAGUUGGAUGAAGAUGGGCACUCGAAUAAUCCACAAUUAUAUGGGUUUUUGGAGUCAUCUCUUCGCCAUAAAUCGGAGAUGGUCAUAUAUGAAGCAGCUCGAGCAAUAAUUAGCCUCCGAAACUUAACAGCUAAAGAGUUAGCACCUGCUGUGGGUGUUUUACAACUGCUUUGUACGUCUUCCAAACCUGCGUUACGAUAUGCUGCUGUACAUACGUUAAAUGCUGUCGCCAGUAACCAUCCUGCAGCGGUAACUGCAUGUAAUCUCGAUCUUGAGCAACCAAUCGGUGAUCCUAAUAGAAGCAUUGCAACACUUGCAAUAACAACUUUACUAAAGACGGGUAACGAGUCGAAUGUUGAACGUUUGCUAAAACAUGUAUCUCCGUUCAUGAGUGAAAUAAGCGAUGAGUUUAAAAUAGUCGUAUUGGAGUCUAUCCAUGCAUUAGCAACAAAGUACCCCAAAAAGUAUACAGUGUUAUUAAACUUUUUAUCUGGACUUCUUCGUGAUUCGGCUGGAUACACUUUUAAAAAAGCAGUUGUGGUUGCUAUCGAAUCAAUUAUCAAACAAAUUCCAGAAGUCAAAAGUAUAGGUUUGUUACAAUUAUGUGACUUCAUAGAGGAUUGUGAACAUGUUAAACUAACACAGCGUAUACUCCAUCUGUUAGGACGGGAGGGACCCUACCUCAAACGUCCUCGUCAAUUUACUCGUUACAUUUACAGUAGUUAUACUCGAAUCAGCUCCCAUUAA